GCCGCUUAUUAUUUACCGCGGCUGCGUCUGCGUGCGUCUUUACCUUUAAGGACCUGCGACAUUUUCCCCCAUACGAACAUACAGUUGUCUACCACCGGUAAUCUUUGUGUUGUAGACUUAGGUUUUGGGAAAGAAUGCGCUGAGGGGUUCUUUUAACUGAUCUCGAUGUUUAUGGUGUAAUUUGCGUCGGCAGAUCAACCGCCGGAGGGGCGCGAGAGGACGACACCGCGCUCACGCUCGAGAGCAUCGCGUGGAGGAGGGGACGAAGACACAGAGGGGGUGUUCACUCAAAAUAUACUAUCCCUUUAAAACAAGGGGGACACGGCGGUGGGGGAGAGAUAGCGGGGCAGAGAAGACGGGAUAAAAAAAGAAAAGGAAGAAAGAGCGAGGGUGGGAGGGUGAGAGUAUUGCAGGAAAAAAAGGAAAAAAAUGUCAUCCUCUCGAUUGAAAUGCCGAGGCGGAGCCAUGGACGACGACCGGUGAAGCGCUCGCCAGACACGAAUGAGAUUUAACGCAACGCCGAGGCUCUCGCAGAUGCCGCUCGGGGCCUGGAUGGAGAAUCUUAUAAUAAAAAAAUUGAUGGAAUUAUUUUUUACCAACGCCAUGCUACAGCUGAAAGCAAAUGAAACAUUAAACUGCCAUUUUAAUGAUAUUAUUUUUGCAUGAGUUAUUGCACAGCGGUCUAAUUAACAAGAAAACAUAAAAUGCAGAAAUUCAUUAUUAUUUAUUAUAUUUUAAGCAUGAUAGGCCACUGUUAUGUGACCAUGCGGUGUUAAUAACAGGGACUGGACUCUGACUGACAGCUGUCAUUUCUUAAUAUUUUUAAAUAUUUUGAAAUAAGGUAAUGUGUAUAAUAAUUUAUGUCAGAGUAAUAUGCAUUCUUUCACUUUUUAAAUUUCAAUAACGUUAUUUUACAUAUGAUAGCUUUACAUUUACAAAGCAUAUAUACAUUUGAUAUAAUAGUGAAAGAAGUCUCUCAUUGUGGGGGGAAAUCGACUAGUUCAUUUCACACGGCAUCUGUACUCUUCUACACGUCAUGAUGGAUGCAGCUUGGAGCAAUUUUCUCUUUCAGCAGACUCCGCCUUCACAGUCCCAAACUGACGCGACCCUCCAAUCAGAUCUUCUCCCGGAGCUCGCGGAUGCCGCUCAGGACCCGCCCCCUGAGCACAUAGCCCCGCCCCCAUCCACGGUGGACACAGCAGCGCUGAAUGAGGAGCCUGAACCGGUGAAGCCAGUCACGCGACCAGCCCGGCCUGCACACAUCUGCUCCAUAUGUAAUAAGCAGUUUAAGAACAGCUACAACCUGCGGCGUCACCAGUCUGUCCACACUGGAGUGAAGAUGAAGGACAGAGCCGCUAGAGAGAAAAUAGACGGAGGGAAGGCUGCAGCACGAUUGGAGAGGCAGACCAUCCCCCUUUCUCUCCUCCAGCUGUCUAUACCUGCCUCCAUACCCACAGCAGUCGACCCGAUGGCCCAUCCUUCCCCAAUCGGCAAUCAGCAGGCUGCACCAAAUAGCAACAUCAAUGAUAACCUAAGUAAUCCCACCCCAAUUCAAAUAUCUAUCCCAAUAACAAACCCAUUACCCAUCAAUCCAACUCCCAAUCCUAAUCCCAACCCCAACCCUAACCCCAAUCCAGUCAGGAAGAACCAUGCUUGUGAGGCUUGCGGGAAGGCGUUCAGGGACGUGUACCAUCUUAACCGUCAUCGGUUGUCCCAUUCGGAUGAGAAGCCGUACUCCUGUCCAAUCUGCCAACAGCGGUUUAAGAGAAAGGAUCGAAUGAGUUAUCACGUUCGGUCACACCAGGGAGGAGUGGAGAAACCGUACGUGUGUCCGCAUUGCGCCAAGGGCUUCUCACGGCCUGACCAUCUUAACAGUCAUGUGCGACAGGUGCACUCCACAGAAAGACCCUUCAAAUGUCCGACCUGCGAAUCCGCGUUCGCUACUAAAGACCGGUUACGAGCUCAUAUGAUCAGACAUGAGGACAAGGUUCCCUGCCACAUCUGUGGCAAACUUCUCUCCCCUGCUUACAUCACAGAUCACAUGAGGGUCCACAACCAAUCACAGCAUCACGUCUGCCACCUCUGCAACCGCAGUUUCACCACACUGACGUACCUGCGCGUCCACGCUCAGAAGCACCAUGGGCAAGAGUGGAAGGAGAGUGGCGUCGGCCGUGGCUCAGGCCCAGGCGGGGUGCUCUUAUGCCAGCUGUGUGGGGUACACUGUAAGACACCCACACAGCUGCAGGGUCACAUGGCCACGCACGCCAACCAAACGGACCCCAGCGUUCCUUGCCCCAUCAGCAGCAGCAGCAGUUCAGUGCCAACAGUGGGCACCGCCACUCCUGUCUCCAGCCCUCCAGUCACAGUUGGGCUGCUGGUGACUGACUGCUCCAGCAUUGCUCCUCAGAGCCACAGCUAGCCAAAAGCACACCAGGAGGAGGGAGGGUGGGGUAGAUGAAGCGGGGGUAAUGGGUGGGAGGGGAGAAAAUUGUGCAAGAGGAUGGGCCUAAUCUGGACAGGUGAGGAUUGAUAUAUUAAAUAUUCACAAUGUAUUUGCAAUCAUUUUGCUGCCACAUAAUUGAAAGAUGCAGAGAUUUUAAUGCAAUUUUAAUUUGCCCAUGUCAUGUUCAUGUUCUGUUUCUGUUGGCUAUUUUCCCGUUUGUCAUUAGUCUCCUUGGUUACUGAUUAAUUUGUUAUUCUGUUCAGCUAUGUCCUGAUUAGUUCCAUUUGUUUUCCUCUUGUAUUUACGUAUUCCCUGAGUUUCAGUCUGUUGCUUUGUCCGUUUUCAUUUAUACAAGUGGCUGUACAUUCUGUUCUCCUGAGCUUUUCUAAAUGUAAUAUUAAAAGACUGUUGUAUUUGUAGUCCUGUCGUUGUGCGCUUCCUUCACAGAGGUACACAUUACAGCCCAUUCAUUUUCCUAAAAACUGAUUCCAUGAUCUCUGCUUGUCUUGCAGUUAGUGGAUGUUUUAAAGGGUUAGUUCACCCAAAAAUGAAAAUUCUGUCAUUAAUUACUCACCCUCAUGUCGUUCCACACCCGUAAGACCUUCAUUCAUCUUCGGAAACACAAAUUAAGAUAUUUUUGAUAAAAUCCAAUGGCUCAGUGAGACCUCCUUUGACAACAAGAUAAUUUAACACUUUCAAUGCCCAGAAAGCUACUAAAGACAUAUUUAAAACAGCUCAUGUGACUACAGUGGUUCAACCUUAAUGUUAUGAAGCAACGAGAAUACUUUUUGUGCGCCGAAAAAACAAAAUAAUGACUUUAUUCAACAAUAUCUAGUGAGGGGUGAUUUCAAAACACUGCUUCAUGAAGCUUCGAAGCUUUACGAAUCUUUUGUUUCAAAUCAGUGGUUCAGAGCAUGAAUCAAACUGCCAAAGUCACGUGAUUUCAGUAAACGAGGCUUCGUUACGUCAUAAGUGUUUCGAAAUUUCAAUGGUUCACCACUAGGGGGUGUGACUUUGGCAGUUUGAUACACGCUUCGAACCACUAAUUCGAAACAAAAGAUUUGUAAAGCUUUGAAGCCUAAUGAAGCAGUGUUUUGAAAUCGCCCUCACUGAGCCAUCGGAUUUUAUCAAAAAUAUCUUAAUUUGUGUUCCUAACUAACCCUUUAAUAUUUGUAUUAAGUUUGUUUCAUUUCUGUGAAUCAGUUAAAACUGCCAUUUAAAUGAAUCAAUUCAAAACUCUUGUUCAGUGGUUCAUUUGUGUUGUCAUUCAAAAAUGUUCACGGAAAUCCCCAUCUGGCAUUUUACAUACACUACCAUUCAAAACAACUGGUAAUUUGGUUGAAGUCGAAGUAUGCAUUAAUUUGAUAAAAAAAUAAAUAAAUAAAUCAGUAAAAACAGCAAUAUUAUGAAAUAUUAUUACAAUUUAAAAUGACUGUUUUCUAUGGUAAUGUAUUUUAAAAAUGUAAUUUAUUCCUGUGAUGCAAAGUUGAAUUUUAAGCAUAAUUUCUCCCGUCUUCAGUGUCACAUGAUCCUUUAGAAAUCAUUCUAAUAUGAUUUGGUGCUCAAGAAACAUUUCUUCUUAUUAUCAAUGUUGAAAACAAUUGUGUUGCUUAAUAUUUUUGUGGAAAUCAUGAAAAUAGAAAUCUUUGUAACAUUAUAAAUGCCUUUACUGUGACUUUUGAUCAAUUUAAUGCAUCCUUUGCUGAAUAAAAGUAUUGAUCUUUUUCAGAAAAUAUGACUGACCCCAAAUUUUUGAAUGGUAGUGUCCCUUAAAAAAAAAAAAAAAGUAAAAAUAAUGUAAUAUGUGGUAUAUGUAAAUUAUUAAUGCUUGUACUCAUAUAAUUGAAAAGUAAAAAAAUGUCUUCAGUCAUUGAAAAAAACUGUAAAAACAUGCACUGAUUAUUUUAACUUGAGUUUUACAGUAUUUUACUGCUUUUUUAAUGUAUUUGGUAACAAUGUCCAUGGUCAAAAUGAUGGUUGAAAAACAUCUUUAAAAAAAAGCCACUGCAGUGCAAUUGCAUAAAUAUUUAGAUAUCUUUUUAUAUAUCAGUACUAAUGUUAAGUGAUGAUAAAUCUGUUUUUUGUCUUUUAUAUCAUCCACCUUUUUGAUGUAAUUGAUUUAUUAAUAGAGGAGGAAUGUGAUUGUAUUCAAAUCAGCAUUACCAAUCAAACCUCAAUGUUUUCUCACUCCAGGCUGCCAUGGAAAUGCCAACACAAAGAUUGCCAUGGAAACCUACCCUUUACCCCAACCCCUCCCGUCCACCUCAAAUCUUGCUGCCACUGUGCUAGACAUGAACGACUCUAAAAAUAAGUGUGACUUUUGAAUGAACUCAAGAAACACGACCCUGCUUCAGAUUCACUUUUAUGUGCAGAUCGAGCAGCAAGUCUUAUAAUUGCUUUUCCUUGUAUUAUUUUCUGCUGGAUACAGUCUAAAGGUGUUUUGAAGAAGAGCCUACGAAGAUCUGAUAGAUGACUGGUUUGGGUGUCGCUAAAUUUUCCUGCAAAGUCCCAUUGGAGAGAUCACUGGUUUUAAAUGUAGGAUGUUAUUAAGUGCUGUCCCAGUUCAUUAUUUAAAAAAAAUCUAAUGUUGAGGAAUGUAGAGCAAUGAGAGGAACUGACACAUUAUGCAUCCCAACCAUUUCCUUAUAUUAUACUGGCUCAUAUCUACAUGAUCUACAUGAGAGACAAAUGAAUUUAAGAGAUCAUUCCAUCAUAAAUGAUCUUGACAUGAAUGACAACAUUUAAGGGAAUCAAAUAUAAUGCCAUUUCCUCUCAUAAUUUCCUCUCAUUUGAACGUGGUUACAAGGAUAAAAUAUUUAUAUUUGCAAUGUACAUAGUAUAUGUGAAUACUACAAAUGUGUCUAUUGUUCAUUGCCUCCUUUGAUAUUUUUCUCAUUGAUCUCGAUUUUUGUUAAAAGACGUUAUACAAAUGUAACAAAAUGUUGAUUACAUUGAAUAAGAUCUGUAACCUAUGUUUCCAAUUCUGUUUGUGUUGAUGCUUGUUUAACGCCAAUAUGUGUUGGUGUCGCUGUGCUCUUAUCCUAAUUAAUCUCUGUAUAAUGAACAUGCACCUAAUUAUACUGAAUUUAACUA